AUGCAGCAUUAGAACCACAGUAUACAAAAGCAGCCUGUGUUUGCGCAAAGCUCUCAGCUUUCACCUCAGCAAACUGCCACAACCAGGAAAGCUGCUACAAAUGUAGCAAUGACCACCCUGACCUGCAGUUAUAUAUGAAACAAUGCACUUCCACCCAGGUGGAAAUUGGCUGCUGGAUGAUCUAUGAACAUUCCAGCUACAUAAGCCACAAGCACUUCCCAAGGAAGAGAAAAUAUCCUGACCACCAGCACUAG